UUGGCCAUUCGUUCCAUCAUCAUUCGCUCAUUCGUCUUCGAUUUUUGCUGAAGUUUAUUUUCCCUGCUCUUGUUUUUUGGUACUAAUUUAUAAGUAAACAAAGAAAACGUAAGGAAAUCAUUGUUAUUUUGUGUCAGGGAUAUGCCUCCAGUAAAGGAUGAGUCGAUAAGGGAAGGUAAUUGCCUGGAAAUCAUCAAUAUUUCCGAGAAAAGCCCAGGAAAGAGUGGUGCUCUCGUCGAUGUAAGAGCGUGUAAUAAACCUUCGGCUAAGGUAUGGUUCCGAGGAGUGAGAAGCUCCAAAUUCCGCCAUGUUUACGGGGUGUCGUUCAAAAGGGAGCGUUGCUAUGACAACAUAAAGAUCACCAGGAAUGCGCACGACUCCAACUUUUGCGCGGUGAACCCCAAGUUUGUGGCCAUCGUCACAGAGGUCGCUGGUGGAGGUGCCUUCCUCGUGCUGCCUUUGGAUCACACUGGUCGACUGGACUUCAAUGCAAGCCGGGUAACAGGUCACAAGGGCCCAGUGCUUGACAUCAAGUGGAACCCAUUCAACGACAACAUCAUCGCGUCAUGUUCCGAUGACUGCACGGUGAAGCUAUGGCAUAUCCCAGAUGGUGGUCUUUCUAUGCACCUAACAGACUGGCUGGUGGAAUUACAAGGCCACAAACGCCGUGUAGCCUACAUAGAAUGGCACCCCAUCGCUGAAAAUAUCCUGUUCAGUGCAGGCUUCGACUAUUUGAUUUUCGUCUGGGACGUAGGCAAAGGGGAGGCCAUUCGCGUCAUAGACUGCCAUACUGACGUCAUCUACUGCAUGUCGUUCAACCGCGAUGGUUCCCUGCUAGCUACCACCAGUAAGGAUAAGAAACUGCGCAUCAUUGAACCGAGGAGAGGCAUGGUUCUAUUUGAGGGCAUCUGCCACCAAGGCACCAAAGCGUCCAAGUGCACUUUCCUAGGCAGCAGCGGCAAAGUCUUAACCACAGGCUUCUCGCGGUACAGCGACCGGCAAUACGCCGUGUGGGAGCAGCACUCGCUCGACAAGCCGCUCGUCUGCGAGACCAUCGACAGCUCCUCUGGCGUCGUGUUCCCGUAUUUCGACUACGACACCAACAUGGUCUACCUUGCAGGCAAGGGUGACGGGAACAUUAGGUACUACGAAGUUGUCGAAGAACCGCCAUACGUUCAUUUUCUCAAUCAGUUCCUAUCAGGAAAUCCACAGCGCGGGCUGGGCUUCAUGCCCAAGCGUGGGCUGAACACAAGCGCGUGCGAGGUGUUCCGCUUCUACAAGCUGCACACGUCGCGGGGCCUCUGCGAGCCUAUCUCCAUGAUCGUGCCGCGCAAGUCCGAUUGCUUCCAGGAGGACUUAUACCCCGACACGGCGGCGCCGCUGCCCGCGCUGUCUGCGCGCGACUGGCUGAACGGCAUGAACGCGCAGCCGCUGCUUAUCAGCAUGAGAACUGGAGUAACGAUAACGACCCACAAGCCGCGCACGAACAACAAAGACACGCCAGCACUGCAACCUCAAGACGCGAAUAAUCGCAAGAAGUUCGCGUUCUUAUCGCGAGAGACCACGCCCGACUACCGCCCGCUCGCCACGUGGCAGCCCGCCGCGCCCGACGACACGCAGGUGACGGUGACGGAGAAGUCGGCGAAGACGAACGCGAACCAGACCACGAAGUUCCACCAGCUGCAGCGAAUGUUCGGCAAGAGCGCCGGCGACGCCGAGCCCGUGCCUCUCUACAAGCAGAUCAACCAGGGCGACGUCUUCAGCACCGAGCACGAGCUGCGCCUCGCAUUCAACCGCCAAGGCGAAGAACUAAGGAUCGUGAAGCGACAACUCCAGAACAGUCAACAACGCGUGCGGGAACUAGAACAACACGUGGCCGCGUUGCAAGCGCUUAUCCAAAGGGACGGCUCUUAAACCCCGCCACGCCAAUGUACCACGCCUCUAUGACUACACUCGUAAGGCGUAUUAUCGCUUGUACCUUGCGUGAGUCGUGCUCACUUGCAAUUGAACCCGCCAAUACGUUAGCGCUUUAUUCCGUUCGCGAAAUUGGAUUCUUGUCUCGGUUUUUCCUACCCUUAUUAUACCUCGGUUAUUCCUUCAUCGUCAACGGGCCUACUAUGCAUGACGGUGUCAGUACUUUCAGCUUCGGCUCCUUCGAAAUUACGGAUAUGUGAUAAAAAUCGAAUAUAGCAGUGCCAAAAAACAUCGGCAGGGAGAAA